CUUUCUUCUUUUUCAUAUACACAUAUAUAUAUAUUUCUAAAAAAAAAAAGAGAGAAAUGUCUCCUUCAGCUAUUAGUGGUGUAGGUAUUGCUCAUCUUCCUAAUCAACGUCAUAAAAUUGUUUCAAAACGUGGUGCAAAUUUCACCUUGAUGGUUUGUGGUGAAUCUGGAGUUGGUAAAACCACCUUUGUAAACACUUUAUUCACCACAGGUAUUAAAGCCGAGAAAGCAUUGAAUAAACGACACAAAAAACAAAUUGAAAAGACUGUAGAAAUCGAAAUUACUAAAGCAGAACUCGAGGAAAAGAACUUCAAGGUCAAAUUAACAAUUAUCGAUACACCUGGUUUCGGUGAUUAUGUCAAUAAUUAUAAUAGUUGGAUGCCUGUAUACGAAUUUAUUGAUGAUCAACAUGAAAGCUUUAUGGCUCAAGAACAACAACCUAUUAGACAAAAUAGGAUCGAUCUUAGAGUACAUGCUUGCCUCUAUUUUAUUAGGCCUUCUGGUCAUACUCUUAAGCCUUUGGAUAUUGAGGUGAUGAAGCACCUUGGUACAAGAGUUAAUUUAAUACCCGUUGUUGCCAAAGCAGAUACACUUACACCUAAAGAUUUGGCUCAAUUUAAGAGAAAUAUUUUAGAUUCUAUUGCAGCUAACCAUAUCCAAAUAUAUUCUUGUCCUAUUGAAAGUGAAGAUGAAGAAACUACUCAAGUUAAUAAAAGUAUUAUGACAUCCAUGCCAUUUGCUAUUAUUGGAUCAACUCAAGAUGUAAGUACACAUGAUGGACGAGUUGUUAAAGGUAGAGAAUACUCGUGGGGAGUAGCUGAAGUAGAAAAUGAAGAGCAUUGUGACUUUAAGAAGUUAAGAAAAUUAUUAAUUCGGUCGCACAUGCACGACUUGAUUUCAACAACAGAAGAACUUCAUUAUGAAAACUAUCGUCAAACACAAAUGAGCACUCGUAAGUUUGGUGAACCUAAAGUAAAGAGAUAUGAAAAUCCCAAGUUUAAAGAAGAUGAAGACAAUCUUCGUCUGAAUUUUACCAAGCAAGUUAAAGAAGAAGAGAAUCGCUUCCGUCAAUGGGAAGCACAGUUGGUUGCUGAACGGGAUCGUUUAAACAAGGACCUUGAAGAGCAGCAUGCUCAAAUUAAAGCAUUGGAAGCUGAACUCGAGCAUAUGUAUCAAUUACAUGGUCGUAGUACGAUAAGAAGAUAAAUAAUAUAGCUAUAAUCAUUUUUUUUUCCUUUCCCAUUUAAUUUAUUAACACAUUUCAAUAAAAUUUUGCUAUACCAAUUUU